UAGACGGUUCUACCCCACUUCCGGCGUCUCCUUCCCCUGCAGGGUCCACUUCACACUCCCAACUGCUGCAUUUUCCUUGCGAACCCCCUUUUCUGAUGGAAAUACUCUGUGAUUAACAAGAAAUCUUCCUUCUUAGACUGAAUCAUGACGCUGGCAGGUUUUAUCUUGGUGCUCAUUGUUGUCGGAGUCACCUCCUCAGCCCCUGCAGAAUCCAGUUCAAUCGCCGAAAACGAAGACGCGCUCCUCAGACAUUUAUUCCACGGUUAUGAGAAAUGGGUCCGCCCUGUAUUAAACUCUAAUGACACCAUAAAAGUAUACUUUGGAUUGAAAAUAUCUCAGCUCGUAGAUGUGGAUGAAAAGAACCAGCUGAUGACAACAAAUGUGUGGCUCAAACAGGAAUGGACAGACCACAAAUUACGCUGGAAUCCUGAUGACUAUGGUGGAAUUCAUUCAAUUAAAGUCCCGUCAGAAUCUCUCUGGCUUCCUGAUAUAGUUCUCUUUGAAAAUGCUGAUGGACGUUUCGAAGGCUCCCUCAUGACCAAAGUCAUAGUAAAAUCCAAUGGAACUGUCGUUUGGACCCCACCUGCCAGUUAUAAAAGUUCGUGCACCAUGGACGUCACGUUUUUCCCAUUUGACCGGCAGAACUGCUCCAUGAAGUUUGGUUCCUGGACCUACGACGGUACCAUGGUUGACCUCAUUUUGAUAGAUGAAAAUGUUGACAGAAAAGACUUUUUUGAUAAUGGAGAAUGGGAAAUACUAAAUGCAAAAGGGACGAAGGGGAACAGAAGAGAGGGUUUGUAUACAUACCCGUUCAUCACUUACUCCUUCGUCCUGCGUCGCCUGCCUCUGUUCUACACCCUCUUCCUGAUAAUCCCCUGCCUGGGACUCUCUUUUCUGACAGUUCUCGUGUUCUACUUACCUUCUGAUGAAGGAGAAAAACUUUCCCUAUCAACAUCUGUUCUGGUUUCCCUGACAGUCUUUCUUUUAGUGAUUGAAGAGAUCAUCCCAUCUUCUUCAAAGGUCAUUCCUCUCAUUGGCGAGUACCUACUGUUCAUCAUGAUUUUCGUUACCCUGUCGAUUAUUGUGACUGUGUUUGUCAUUAACGUUCACCACAGAUCUUCUUCAACGUACCAUCCCAUGGCCCCCUGGGUUAAGAGGCUGUUUCUGCAAAAGCUUCCUAAAUUACUUUGUAUGAGGGACCACGUGGAUCGCUACUCUUUUGCAGAUACAGAAGAGAGUAAACCGGUAGUGAAAGGUAAAGUCCUAGAAAAAAGAAAACAGAAACAGAUGAGUGAUGGAGAAAAAGUUCUGGUUGCUUUCUUGGAAAAGGCUGCUGAUUCCAUUAGAUACAUCUCGAGGCAUGUGAAGAAAGAGCAUUUUAUCAGCCAGGUAGUACAAGACUGGAAAUUCGUCGCCCAAGUUCUGGACCGCAUCUUCCUGUGGCUCUUUCUGAUAGCGUCGGUGACAGGCUCUGUUCUGAUUUUUACCCCUGCUUUGAAGAUGUGGCUGCGUAGUUACCACUAGGAACUUCAGAGAAAUCGAAUACAUUUACCAUAGAGACAAAAAUCACACUUUAGAACUGACACCCAGCUAGCACGUAUAUACAGCGUCCAAGUGCAUGUGCGCAUCGGAAGGGUCUGUGUCGUCCUCACGGGAACUGAACCUUGGUAAAGGUGGGCUUGCCCAUUAAAUUCCAGGUUGCCAUUAAAAUGGGUUGGGUUUAAGUAAAGCAGAAUCUCCACAGGCCCCUCCCUGCCUUGGCUUCCACGGUCAUUUAGGGAGGAGUCGUAUGUCCCAGCCCCAGGUCACAAGCCAAGAUGCACAAGAACUGUUAGUGGUAGGUGACUGAUGCUCCCAGGAAGCUGGACUGAGGCCUAACCAAGCCUGAGGUCCACGGAGAGUUCAAGGAGGCCUCCGUCCGACUGGAGGCGUUUGUCAGGCAGGACUUGGGUCGCUGUAUCUAUGGCCGUCCUCGGUGGUUUUGCCUGAGUUGCACCUUGGGCUAUGUGUUGUGUGUGUCUCUAGCAACAUGGGUGAACAUAUCUCCACAACCAUUUGGAGAAUUCCACUGGAGUGACAGCCCCUGGCCCAGCCUAAUUGUUACUGGGGAGAUUCCAAGAUGCCACUGGUCAAGUAAAGUCCCCCCUGAACGUGGCGUUUAUUAAAAACAGCCUCACUUGUAAGGCUGGGGUUAUUCUAGACUUUCCAUUCUGUUUCUUUUCUUCCUUUCUUUCCUUUUUUAAAAAAAAAGUUCUUUAAUUUUUCUUCUUUCUUUGUGUGAGGACAUUUAAGUUCUACUCUCUUGGAAUUACUCAUAACAUUAAAAAAGUUUUCAGAUGGUAAAACUGCUGUGAAUUGGGACUUCCUUGAAGGUCAUAUCAAAAUAACUUAGAGUAGAAACGAUGUCAUCUGCUACCAGAAAGAUGGUCUUAAUGCCCAUCACCUGUUCCUAGAAAAUCGAAAUACCUGUACUGAAUGUUCUCUGAUAAUGCUGUUUGUAAGUCCCUGCAUGUAGUCUAAUCCACUUCAACAGUAACCUCUAGGCUUUCCAUUCUGUUCUUUUCUCUCUCACACAUGUCGGUUCUCUCGUCAAAUUUCAGUCACGCCAUACAGCCUCAUGAGCCACAGUCUGAUGUCUUACAUUAGGUCCUCACAGCCCGUUCACCUCAUGACGGAAGGUUUGUACCUUCGACUGUCUCCCUGUCUCCUUUCCCCCACAGAAGGGGCGGCCAUGUUCCUGCUGUUUCUGAGUUCGACUUCUUUUCUUUGGAGUGGGGGAUUCUACGUCUAAAUGAUACCAGGCAGUAUUUGUCUUUCUCUGUCUAAUUUAUCUCAGCAAAACGCCCUGCGGGCUCAUCUGUGUUGUAACACAUGAAAGGAUUUCCUUCAUUUAAAGGCUAAAUUAUAUUCCAUUGUGUAUGUACUUCUAUGUGCCACAUUUUCUUUAUUCAUUCAUUCAUCGACAGACACUUAAGUUGCUUCUAUAUGUUGGCCAUUGUGCAUGAUGCUGCAAUGAACAUGGGAGAGCAGAUAUUUCUUUGAGAAAAUGAUGUUUUGUUUCCUUUGGAUGUACCCAGAAGUGGGAUUGCUGGAUCAUAAGGUAGCUCUUUUUUAACUCUAUUUUAAUUUCUUUUUUAAAAGAAUGUGUUCAUUUAUUUUUAGAGAAAGGGAGGGAGAAAGAGAACCAUCCAUGUGUGGUUGCCUCUUGCACACCCCCUAUGGGGGACCUGGCCCACAACCCAGGCAUGUGCCCUGACUGGGAGUCGAACCAGCAACCCUUUGAUUCACAGGCUGGUGCUCAAUCCACUGAGCCACACCAGCCAGGACUAUAUUAAUUUCUUGAGGAACCUCCAAAGUGGCUGUUUCAGCUUACAUUCCCACCAACGGGGCACAAAGCAUUUGUGUUCAGGACCUUUGCCUAUUUUUAAAUCGGGUUAUUUGGUUUUUUGCUAUUGAGUUAUAUGAGCUCUUUGUAAUUUUGUACAUUAACCUCUUAUUUGAUAUAUGAUUUGUAAAUCUUUUUUCUCAUUCCAUAGGAUUUUUUUUUUUUUUUGCAUUCUGCUGAGAUGGUUUUCUUUGCUGGUCAGAAAAUUUUUAGCUUGAUGUAGUCCCACUCGUUUAUUUUUUUCUAUUGCUGCCUUUGCUUUUGGUGUAAAAUCCACCCUCCCCCAUCCCCAGGCCAUUGCCAAGAUGCUCUUCCUUCAAUUUCCACGGGUCUCCCUGACCUCUGGGUGCACUUCGUCUCCUCUGCACCCUCACUCUCUAAGACUCACCAGGGUGAGUGUAUUCACAUGCUUUUUGCUCUCCAAAAUUGCUGCUACCAAAUCCCGGAUUUAAGCUUGAAGCAAUUUUUCUCUUUUUUGAGUUCUAAGUCUAAAUCCCUAUCUGGAUUAUUUUAUUUGGGGCGUGUUUCUCAUAAAUAGUUUGUGUCUGGGACUUUUUAAAAACUAAUUUAAGGGUUUAACCCUUUCACACAUGUUUAAUCUUAUUUAUGUCAUUUUGUUUUGUGUUUUCUGUAUAAUAUUUUCUCAUUCCUUUUUUUGUUGUUCUUUUUCAGUCUUGACUAGAUUUGCCUGUUCCUUCUUCUUCUCUAAUGGCUUAAGUGUUAUGCAUUCACUUCUAUUAAUUUAUGAAUAGACAUAUUCAAACUCUUGCUAAUCAGUGUUGAGAAUUAAUGCCCAAAACCACCAUUCUCUGAACAAAACAAUUCCUUUAGUACCUUACUUUCCUUAUAUCAUAUUUUAUAUUUCCUCAAAGUCAUCAGAAUUUUUGUUCCAGAUUAUUAAUUUUUAUGAAUCUUUCUUCAGAUUAAUUUAUUUAUAAUUUAUUUAGUUCAUAAUAAUAUUACAAACACAUUAAUUGCUUUAUUCAUUUCUUGGCUCACCACUGUUUUUUAUCCUAAGUUUUCCUUUUUUGCUUUAUUAUUUCAGAGGGAGACAUCUCCAGGUAAUCCUUUUAGAAGGUUUUGGGUGCAGUAACUUUUCUGAAUUCUUGAAUUUCCCAAAUUUUAAUUUAUUCUGCCCUUACCAAACAGAUUAGCGGGACAUAGAAUUCUGAGAUCGGAAUAAUUUUUUCCUAAAACUCUGAAGACAUCGUUCUACAACAUCCUAUAUUAUAAAUGAGGAUGAGAGGUCUAGAGAGGGUCAGUUCUCACUCCUUAUUCCUAUUAGAUUCCUAUUGUUGUUGUUUUUUCCUGAAACCUUAGGCUUUUCUAUUUAUCUUUGGACUUUGGAAAUAUCAGCUGUAUGGUAUAUGCUGUGUCUAUAGGAAUUUCUAUAGAAAUUCCUCUCUCUGUCUCUUUCUCUCUCCCUUUUUAUCUCAUCAUUUUGUCUUAGUACUUGUUGACUGAUGUGUUUCUUCAACUCAUGCACAUUUUCUUGUCUUAUGUCUUUUAUUAAUUCCCGGCCUUCAUUCUCACUUUCUUUUCCUUUUGAAAUUUUUAAUACAGAGAUCACAAUAUUUCUGGAUCUGUCCUUCAUGUUUAUUAACUCUUCUCUCAUUCUUUGUAUUGCUUUAAUUCUUUACAUUGCCAGCUUGACAUUAUAGCUGACUUGCUCUUCAGUCAUCAUCUGUUCUUUCAUUCAGUCCACCUACUGAGGCAGGGUUCUUGUUUGUUUGUUUGUGGUCGAAGCAUGUAUUCGAUUUCUAAGAACUCUAAGUUGUCUUUUUGCUUGUCUUAUCCUUUGGAAUAGUUGGGGAAAUACUAAUUAUAGUUACUUUAAAGUCCUCCAUUGUCUGCAUUAACUAUUUUUUCAGGGGUUAAUUCUCCCAAUUUUUUAUGCUUUUCAUGGUCGUUUUACUCAAACAUUUGGUGAUUUUUGAUUUGUUUAUUCACCCAACAGUAAAAACUAUUUCUAAAUAGGAAACCUGGCUCCAGUCAACUUCCUUUACUGUUUGAGUCCAAGAAAGCGUUUCUCCUAGUGCGUGUGGGCAGCUCAUCUCUGACAUGUGGGGGCACCCCUUCCUCCAUGGCAGGCCUCGCCCUCUGACUCCUAAGCCCACCCUGGUUUCCCAUGGGUCAGAAUGCACACAUUCAUGGGACAGAUAGCAACUAUGAAAGUAGAGGACGUCUGCAGCUGUACUUGGUCCUUCUAUUGAUUACUGAACAAUGACACUUCCUCUUUAAGUCUCCCCUUACAUUGUCUUAGGAUUACUGUGGAGAUUUUCUAGUAAAAAAAACAGUCUCUUUGGUGGUCCAAUCUUUCCCACAAUUCUGCUCUGUUAGGUUUUACUAUAAAUCUGGUGACAUCUGUCCUACGAUUCCUGCCAUUCCCAUCAAACUGGUCUAUGGAGGUACCCUGGCCAAUGUUCCAGUGCUGUUAUGAAUUUGUUUUUAUUUUGUCUUUCUUCUCUAGUGUGAAUAGGAUUUGGAGUAGGGGAAAAAAGAAGGAAACACAUCAGCCAGCCGUUUUAUACUAGAAAUCUUGUUAAAAUCCCAGUCCUGCCAGACCUGCCCAAUUAAUACAUGGCAACCAAAACACUGACAACCAAAGGAGACAACACACCAUGAUAAGAGUGUGAAUCUAUUUUGAGGGAUCAGAAUAAUCUGGACUUUGCAGACUGGUGGAGGCUGGACACGGAUGGAGACUGGAAAGAUGAUCUUCUUAGAAAUAGGAUUGCUAAUUUAUUGACAAAAAAGUGAGGCACGUAUAUUUUUUCAUUAUUGAUUUUUUUAGGUAGGAAAAGAGAGACAAAGAGAGAAAUAUCAAUUAGUUGUUUUACUUAUUUAUGGUUGCUUCUCCUAUGCGCCCUGAACAGGGAUCGAACCUGCAAUCUUGAUGUACUGGGACAAUGCUCUAACCAACUGAGCUACCCAACGAGGCAGAGAGACAUGCCUUGGAGUUCAUGAUCUUAGCAAGAGGACCACAUCUACUCUAACAGAGUUAUUCAUGCCCGACUGUUUCCAGUCUCUGGGACAUUUGCAGCUGCCUCCUUCUGCUUCCAGUCAGAUCUCUAACCUGUGCAUACCAACUAGCCCUUCUCCUUUCCAUAGCCAAUCUCUUCUCUGCUUGUGUCCUCGAUCCCUCCUCUUGAAAAUCAUUUCUUUGAGUACCCUCCCUGUCUUGUAUGGCUCUCUUUUGUAGACCUACAAAGUUCUGAGAUCUGCUCUAUUCUUAAAACAAAAAGAACCAAGCAAAGAGAAUAAUAGAAUUUUUCAAAUACCCUGAACUGCAUUUUAGAGAAAUUCAUGCCAUUCAAAUUACUCUAAGUAGCAACUCUAAAUUCUAAAAAAAAUAAAAAAUCACGUUUAUAUAUUUUAAAUGUUUAGACAGUACUUAAUAUGGUCAGUGUAUUUGUCUUCAAUAGAUACCAUGUUUUAUACCACAGAACUGUAUUUUCUGUGUUAUGUGCACACAUUAUGGAAUAUUGGGGCUCCUUGCAUUAUCCACAUACCUGUUACUUUUCUGUACAUUUGGUUGGAUUUUAAAAAGGAGGCAACGUGGUAAAGAAGAAACCAAGACACAAGGACCCUUGAGUUCCAACCCAGCUGUUACCCAGCUGUUAGCUAUGGGACCUCACGAGGGUCAUUUGUCCUCUCUGCUCAAUAAGAGGUAAUGACUCAUGACCUCUGACACUCCUUCUGCUCUAAAACUCUAUUCUUUGGAGCUGUAUACUGGAGCUUGCACACUUUUUAAACUACACGACUUCUAAUUAUAACUGUUCCUUUGGGAAAGUGGAAUCCGCUUUACCACUGCUUUAGGACAGGAUUUGCAGAUGUACUCUGUGAUGAAAUCAAGGAUUCGAUGCUGUAAAUCGCUGCUGGGACUGUGAACUUAAAGGGCAACUCACUGUUCUUUUUAUUGAAAACGCUGUUGACUUUAACUCAUUACUUAACUUUAUUUAACUCAUUAGUUUGCUAGGUAAAUGGCAAUACUAAUCUUAGAAAAGUGCAUUUCAAUUACGAUUUGGUCUUAAAUCUGAAAAAAUAUCGCAUGACCCACUUUCCACAGCCCCUUUCUGCCCAGGCACAUAUAUGGCAAAGGUCAAACAUUUCUACAUGUACGUGAAGCUUAUGCCUCAUUGCAGCUAAGUAAGGAUAAAACACCAGUUUUAAAUAUAGAAAAGGUUACAUAUUUAUAUAUCACCACGAUGCUAAGGAAGUAACUACAAAAGAGAACUCUGAAGCCAAAAAAUUUUUACAGAUUUUAUUUAUUUAUUUCUAGACAGAGGGGAAGGAAGGGAGAAAGAGAGGGAGAGAAAUAUCAAUGUGUGCUUGUGUCUCAUGCUCCCCCUACUGGGGACCUGGCCUGCAACCCAGGCAUGUGCCCUGACUAGGAAUCAAACUGUCAACCCUUUGGUUAGCGGGCCAGCACUUAAUCCACUGAGCCACACCAACCAGGGCAAGAACAGCCCAAGUUUAUAGCUUGCUUGUCUAAAAUAGGAUUUAACCCAUAGUGUUAUGCCUUUUUAAUCUAUUUUAAUUUCCUUCUUGUCACUGACUUGUUGAAAGGACUAGAUCAGUUUUCCCCAAGAACAUCUCAUGUUUUGGAUUUGUCUGGUUGCUGGCUUCUGGUGUCAUUUAAUUUGUUCCUCUGUCUCCUGCAUUUCCUGCAAAUUGGAAGUUACAACUGUAAUUCCGGUUCAAUGUUUUCGACAGCAUACAUCAGAGAUGAUGGUGCAGAGUUUAUAUUGCAUUGCACGAGGAGACAUACUACCUGGCUCCGUAAUCAUUAAGACUAAUCCCUGGGUUAAGGUGAUGACAGCUGAUCUCUUCACCUGUCCAACGAUGAACUGAGUGGCAUAGCCUGUGUCCCUACAACACACCCAUUUUAAUGACUUUUACCUUGGCCCUUUCCAGGUGGCCUCUAACCAUCUACAUUAGGACACUGUCAUGUCCAAAGAGUAAUAUUUUAUGUUGGGAUAGACCUUUUGGACUGUGUCAUAAUUAUUCCUUGGAAGCCCCUGCUAUCUUGUAUUAAGUGAAUUCACUUAAUUAACAGUCAUGGUCACUCAUUCAUGUUUAACCUGACAUAUAUUCCUUCUUUGUAUUAAGACUUUCUAUUCAAUA